AUGCCUCACGAUGAUGAAGUCUACGAAGCAGAUGAUGAGUUUUUGUAUGAGUCGGAAGAAGAAGAAGAGGAAACAGAGAGUGAACCAACGGAAGUUUUUACCAAGGUCCCUGUCGAGUUCUUCGACGAGGAGAAAGGACCACCGAAUGUGGAUCCAGAUUUUCUUCAGAAGUUGGAUGAUGAAGCUACAGUCAAAGAAAUCAAGAGGUUAACAAAGAUUGGAGUUAUUUCGUUGGUUUCUACGGACCCUCAAGAAGCAACUGAGAACGUACCUCUGGUAGACUCAGAACAAGAACUUCACAAGUGGUUGACAACGAAGUUGGUGAAAGAUUGGAGGUUCAGAGAAGCUACAGGAAUUACGAAACUGGUGCCCAUGUUGGCUCUCGCCAACAAUUGGGCGAUCUACAGUGUCGACGUGAAGGACGCGUUUCUACAAGUCAACGCGACGCAUCCAGUCUUUGGUCAGACUUUUGCGAUGGUCUUUUGGUGGAAGAGAAGUUUGAGCGUUGCACAGCAGUUCCAGCACUUUACCGUCUUCUACGACAAGGUGAACUACGACGUGGACUCCUUCGACGAGGCAAAGAAAGAAGUGACAGAGAAGGCAGAGAAGUUGAAGAAAGUUGAGGAGAGCCUGGAGAAGGAAAAGGAGGAGUUCGGAAACCAGAAGGCAGAGUUUGAGGAAACAGUGAAAAGGUUUUUGAAGAAGCAGAAGGAGGUGAAGGAGAAGGAAGACAAACUUACAGAGAGAGAAGAGAAGCUAGAGAAAGACCAAGAAUCCCUCCAAGAGCAAGCCAAGGCCUUAAGCGAGAAGGAGACAGCCCUUGAAGAAGCUGAGGAGAACGUCAAAGCAAAGGAAGCAGAGGUUGAGAAGAAGAGUAAAGAGGCAGAGAAGAAAGAGAGAAAAGCUCAGGAAAGAACCGUCGGCUACGACCAAGAGAGAGAAGAGUACGCCAAGAAGUACGUGGACGACGCAAAGAAGGACUUGGAGAGAGAGCUUUCAGUACUAAAACAAGAAGAGAAAGUAAGGAACCAAAAGCUCGACGACCUCCAGUACGACUACAAGAGCCUCAAGGACGACUACCAGUACUUCAAAACUUACUCGCAGGAAGUGGACGCACUUCUACUUGCAGCUAAGGACAAGAUCGUGAAGUACAAGCAGAAGGUCAAAAGCCUCAAGGAAACCAUAGGUGCAGUCUUGUCUGGAAGUGAAGGUGAAGAAGAGACAGACGAAGCGUACAAGACCAAAGCAGAGGUAGAGAAAGAGAAAGCAGAGGCUAAGGCAAAAGAAGAGGAGAAGAAGAAAGGAAAGAAGCCAAAGCAGGUAGAGACCGAAGACCCAGAAGAGAAGCCCUCAAGCAGCCAAGGAGACGAGAACACCUUCGACCCGAACGACAUAGCCGAGUUCACGCAGCUUGGUUACGUGUGGGAGUUCAACAAGAAGACGCAAGAGUACCGCGCGAAGAGCGAGGACAAGAAAGGAAGCACAAGAAUCAAGAACGCUCCGGUGAAAGGCCGCCUCCUUUGGAACAAGGUGACGGAGUGCUACAGAAAGCACAACGUUUGGUUUACAGACGGAAAGGAAUUGGAUAAAUUCCUCGAGACCAAGGAGAACGAGAAGAUCGAGGAAGAGGUGCAGCGACGCAUCCACGCGAAGGGCAAGUACGACAACCAAGGAACGAAAGGAAAAGGCCCUUCCUGGGACGACGGACAGAGCGACAGUUGGUGGUACAACGAGCAGUGGAACAACGAGAACUGGAACACCACCGACGACGGCAGCAACUGGUACGAGAACGCGAACCCACAGAACAAAGGCUACUGGCAGACGCCAGAAGAGUGGGCGCAGCAGAACCAGUGGGAGCAGUGGACACCCAAAGGAAAGAGCAAAGGCAAGAAGUCCAAGAACUGGGUGCAGACCCAGUGA